AUGCACACUUCAGAAUAUCUGACAGCUGCUUUCGAUUAUAUCUGCAAGGUGAGAAAAGUUCUAAAGGAUCUGGAUUUAGAAAAAAUUAUGGACGCCCGGGCGAAAAACCUGAGUGGAGGCCAGAAAAGGAAGCUCUCUGUGGGCAUAGCGAUUCUCGGAAACCCAAAGAUCCUUCUUCUGGAUGAGCCUACGGCUGGUAUGGACCCAGUGUCUCGACAGCAGGUCUGGGCCUUACUGAAGAGCCGUAGAGCAGGCAGAGUAACUGUAUUCAGCACUCAUUACAUGGACGAGGCAGAUAAACUUGCAGAUCGUAAAGCUGUCAUCUCUCAAGGACAGCUCAAAUGUGUUGGUUCCUCUUUGUACCUGAAGACCAAGUGUGGGGUUGGCUACCAACUUAGAAUGUCUGUAACUGAAGGCUGUGAAGUGGAGAACAUCACAUCACUGGUCAAGCAGCAUGUUCCCAAGGCUCAGCUGUCAAGGCAGCAAGAGGCUGAGCUUACAUUCACAUUGUCUUCCGAGAGCAUGGACACGUUCCCAGGGCUGUUCACGGAGCUGGACUGUCGACCUGACCUGGGAAUCAUUAACUACGGUGUCUCCAUGACAACAUUAGAGGAUGUCUUCUUGCGCUUGGAGGCAGAGGCAGAAGUGGAUCAGUCUGAUUACAGUGUGUUUAACCAAGAAAAGGUGGAAGACGAGGGAGACACGUCCUCUAUGGAUGACACAGAGCAGCAGCUGCUGAUGUUUUCAGACAGCAGACAGGAUGCAGUAACUGGUCGAGCUCUUUGGAGGCAGCAGUUUAGCACCGUAGCCCGGCUGCACAUGCUCAACCUGCAGAGAGAGAGAACAUCUAUUAUAAACAAUUUGUCACUGUUCCUAUUGUUCUUAUGUGCAAUGGUUAUGGCAUCCUUUACCUGGAGAAACUUUCCUAGUCUUUCUGAUAAAAGACUGUUUUCACCUAUAUACCUGCUGCACCGCAACGAGACCCUUGGCAAAUACACCACCAGCCUGCUUGUGCAAAACUCCACCGACUCUGACCUGUCAGGGUUCAUCCACGAUCUGGAGUCUCAGGAUAUUAAAGUGGAAAUGAUGAAAGAACUGGACUACAUGUCUGCUGCUCCUGUCAGCGCCGCCAUCAACGUGACAGGAUCCAGUGAGAAUUUUACCUACAUUUUAGCAUUUAACAUUACCACUAUGCACUCUUUGCCUAUGGCUGUCAAUGUGCUCAGUAACGCCCUCCUGAGGGGCUUUAACGGCACUGGACACAUUAAAACAUGGACUAAACCCUUCAACUAUCAAAUCCCAGGUAAGGUGUCCUAUGCACUGGUUUACAUUAAGACUGUGAUUCUUGGGAUGCUGGCCGCUGGGAUGCCAGCCUAUUUUGCAAUGGACCACACAAGAGACAAAGAGUUGAAGUGUCACUCGAUCCUGAGGAUCUCUGGUCUUGUUCCUUCAGCGUACUGGUGCGGUCAGGCAUCUAUUGAUGUCCCUUUCUAUUAUCUUAUCUUAAUUUGUAUGACCAGCACCCUGUUUGCCUUCCAUUCUACAAACCUGCUAACCUUAUAUAAUACCUUGUCUGUGGCUCUGUGUCUGAUUGGCUUCGCUCCAGCCAUGGUUCUCUUCACAUACUGCAUAUCCUUCAUGUUCGUCAAGGUCCAGAGCAAUAGGGACGACUUCUCAGGGGUCUCCAUGAUAUUGUGUGUGGUUUCUGCGACCGUAAUCCAGAUAGCUCUUGUGAAUAAGAAAUAUGUUGUGGCUCGUCUCCUACACAGUGCACUGUGCUUCUUCAGUCCACUCUACCCUCUCAUGGGCUGCCUUAACUGCAUUACCAUGGCCACCUUCCUUCAGUCUCCUCAUGAUGAUGAUUUCCUGUGGAAGAAUCUCUUCAUCUCUGUUUUGUCUCCAUAUAUCCAGUGUAUUCUGCUGCUCUUCACACUUCGAUGGCUUGAGAUCAGAUAUGGAGGGAAAACUAUGAAUAAUGAUCAGCUAUGCAGGAUUUCCUCCCAAGCGAAGAGUAAACCUCAGCGAAACCCAGAGGAGAACGUGAGUGAGGAUGAGGAUGAGGAUGUUCAGGUGGAGAAAGCUCGAGUGAAGGAGGCGUUGACUUGUCAGAGCUGUGAGGAGAAACCGUUGGUAGUGGUGAGUAACCUCAGCAAACAGUACAAAUGCAAGAGGGAGGGAUUUUCACUCAGCAAAAGAAGGAAAGUGGCCACUAAGAACGUCUCAUUUUGUGUUCGCAAAGGUGAGGUUUUGGGUCUGCUGGGACCAAAUGGAGCGGGAAAGAGCACUAUCAUGCACAUGCUGUCUGGAGUCACUGAACCCACUGCUGGACAGAUUCUAAUGGGAGAUUAUGGAACAGACUUCCAACCAGUGGGAAACCCCUUGGAACAUGUGGGGUACUGUCCCCAGGUGAACCCUCUGUGGCCGAGAAUCACUCUACAGGAGCACCUGGAGAUCUACGCUGCUAUAAAGGGGAUACAGCAGCAUGAUAUCUCAAAUAUCAUUAAGCGUGUUGUCGAUGCUCUAGAGCUGAAGGAUCAUCUUUACAAACAGACUAAAAACUUGUCUGCUGGGCUGAAGAGGAAGCUCUGCUUUGCACUAAGCAUGCUGGGAAAUCCUCAGAUAGUUCUGUUGGAUGAACCAUCUACAGGAAUGGAUCCCACAUCGAAACAACGCAUGUGGAGGGCGAUCCGAGCUGCCUUUAAGAACAAACAGCGAGGAGCCAUAUUUACCACCCACUACAUGGAGGAGGCCGAGGCUGUGUGUGACCGUGUGGCCAUCAUGGUUUCUGGUCAGCUGAGGUGUAUUGGCUCUAUUCAGCACCUGAAGGGGAAGUUUGGGAGAGGCUACAGCCUCGAGAUUAAUCUCAGGGAGGAGCUCUCAGGUCUCCAGGAGGUAGCGCUGUUGCACGAAGAGAUACUGAAGAUAUUUCCCCACGCUGCUCGUCAGGACAGUUUUGCCACUCUGAUGGUGUAUAAAAUUCCAAUGGAAGAUGUGAAGUCGCUAGCCAAGUCCUUUGCCGAAUUAGAAAGUGCUAAACAGAACUUUAACUUUGAAGAGUACAAUUUCUCCCAGUCAACGCUUGAACAAGUUUUCAUGGAGUUCGCUAAAGAGCAAGAGAAUGCAGAAGAGGAGGUCGGAUCGCUUAGCACAACUUUUCAAUGGCAGAGACUGAGACAGGACAGGCCUGUAUCUCUCAAUCACACAGACAGCAUAGUACACCAGCUAUGAGCCAAUCCUGUUAAACCUUCCCUGAAGCGUUGUGCCUUCUUUAUCCUCUGUGUCUUUCUCUAUCGCUCUGCAUGUGCCAUCAUUUGCCUUAAAGAGCCUUAAACUGAUGGGACUCACAGGACAAUAGACUGUGGAGACUCCAGCAGCCACUCGCACACAUACAAGACGUGUGUGUGUGUGUGUAUGUGUGUGUGCUCUUGUUUUUGUGACAUAUCAGGACACAACUCUGUAUAAUGACAUGGGUACGACACAGGUAUUGCAAGCAGAGGGUGACUUAUGAGGACAUAA